GGAGCUCAGCCCGCUCACUGUCAAAAAUCUCUGCUGACAAAGGAGCUUUGUUACUCCGGCCAAACGUCACAGUCCAGCCACGCAUCGACAGAGCGCAUACCAAUCCUGGAGAGACUUGACUUAUGUGGGGGAGCGGACAAGAGCGUGCGAGUCAUCGUGCGCACUCAUGCAAGAAAGGUUUCACAGCCUUACCAACCCUUGACGAUGACGAUACCUAUGUAUAUAAGGGGUAGGUCAUAUGGCUGCUGUUGUUGUGGUUCCAAAACUCUGGUGAUUCUAUCUUCUGGAUCAUCCAAGGACAAGAAGAAAGUAAUAUUGAAGGGGAAGGAAUUGAUCGGAGAAAAAGAAGCGAGCAUUUCUUGAGAACACAUCCUCGGGGAGGGGACAGCGUGAAUAAGGCGACAGCAACUCCUCGAUACGAGACAGGAAGGUGGUGUCACUUCUAUUCUGCACACCAUCCUCACCAGUGCGCACGCUAUAGCAAGUAGGGAGGUACUUAUACUUACCAAUAUUUUCAAUUUCGCAGGAAGUGUGCUUGGACUGUUCAUGCACCGCAAGUUGUGAGUAUCGAACGACCUCUCGUGGAGAAACUGAACGAAGCUCUCACCCUAGAGUCGAAUUUGCCGUGCAAUUUCAUAGGUAAAUGAGGGUUCGGAUUCAAUUCGGCCGUCCCACCAAUUGAGGAUGGCAACUUUCCAGGUACUUGGAGAAACCCAUAUACUUGUACUGUCCUUACCGUACAUUGGACCACAGAACAACCAGGCCGUGUUUCUCCAAUGGCCUCCACACCCCCUCAAAUGCCAUGAUGCGGAGACACGAUGAUCCUGAAGUACUGAGUGCGUGAGUAUUUGAAGAACAUAACACCGCUUACCGUCGCUUCAUGACUAGGCUCAAGCGUAUGAUAUAUUGCCAAAGUCGCCAUUAGCGAUGUGACCGAUUGAUAAUUCGACCCAAUAUCGAAUACACCAAAAUUCAACAGCGCAAGGCUGAGUCUUCUACCGUUUUAUAUUCAUCAUGUCAUACAGCCAGAGGUUCCUCCGCUGCGCUACCCAACAAACGAAAUCCGGAGCAAUACAGUGCAAACAGCAGAGAGUUAGCCAACGUUGCAUUGCUACAUCAAGCAAGGCGCCAGCGGCCAUCAUACCGGACAGCAUUCAUCAUAGCACACGACCUGGCCCACCGACCCCAAAUUUCACCUUUGGCGCCUACCCAAAAGUAGGCGGACCCAAUGCCAAAGAGGUCUACCGAAUUCGUAUCCCUGAGUUUGCGGAUUUAGAAGCCGAGCGGGCUCAUCGCAAGUUGCACCAUGCCGUUGCCUUGCGCUGGCUAGGAUACCAAGGCUACAACAACGAAGGAGCUGGUGGUCACGUCACGGUGCGUGACCCGAUCUUGACGGACCACUUCUGGAUCAAUCCACAUGGCAAGUCGUUCAGUUAUAUGACUCCCGACGACCUAGUGCUGGUUAGUAAAGAUGGCGAGGUCAAAGAGGGUGGCAACAUGCACUCGAUCAAUCCAGCAGGUUACAUCAUUCACUCUGCAGUUCACGAGGCUCGAGAGGAUGUCAUCGCCGCCGUGCAUUGUCACUCGGUCCCAAGCAAGGCGUUUUCCGCCCUUGGUUGUAAAUUGGAGCCCAUCAAUCAGGAUGCUUGUCGGUUCUACAACGACCACGGCAUAUAUUCCGGCUUUGGCGGAAUAGCCUUCAAACAAGAUGAAGGCAGACAUAUCGCUGAAGCACUAGGGAACACCAAAGGAGUGAUUCUUCAAAACCAUGGCCACUUGACAGUUGCAAAGACGGUCGAUGGGGCAGCUUUUUUGUUCGGCGCCAUGGAUCGAUGUAUUCAGGCUCAGCUUCUGGCCGAUGCCGCAUGUGCAGGACGGGGUACUCAGACCAUCAAAGUCAGUGCAGAGGCGGCAGAAUAUACUCGGAGCAACUACAACGACGAGAUGAUUUAUAUCAUGUUCCAAUCUGCAUUCGAGGAUGUCGUGCGGGCUUCGAAUGGAGAGCUUCCUUCCAACGUCCAGGGAGAGAUUCGGAGGCCAUGAUCAGAUGCGAUCAAGGGGCCACAAGUUCGCAAACGUCUGGGACUUGAAGGAGAGUGUUUCUAUGUGAAGGAGCAAACGAAAAAGCUCUUAUUAUUCGUCUGGGCCUCAGCACACGACUCUGCAUUGAUUCUGUUAAUUAUAUCGCUAGAAUCAUGAAGCCAGAAUCAUGAUGUCUAUGGCCUAAAAAUCCUCUGAGCCGAUCUCUCCCCUGCUUGGUCGCUGGAUUCGAGUCAGGUCCGGGUAUCUAUUGCGCUACUUCCAAGUGGAGAUCGACUCAGGUGCGACUUGACUAAGUAGAAGGUGGGCAGCUACGUAUGUAUAGGUUGACGAUUCCUCGGGACACACGAGAGACUAUUCCAAGAGAGAGUCUAGCAACAAGAAGCAAGCGAGAGACCUGAAGCCGAAUGCAUGUGGGAGCAUUCAAGUCUGAAAUACUUGAUCGAGUUUAGUCCCAUCUUUGUAGACCCCGCGGGGCUCGCCAAGAUGGAGAGGUUUUGCGGGGGUUCUUUAGGGACCACGGUGCCACGCUACCCUCGGCCUUUGUCUACUAUUGUAAUCGCUGUACAUCUCUCACAAACGCCAAACAUCGAAUGUUGAGAAUGUGGGACAUUGGGACAUUGGGAUACAAAACCGAUGUUGCCCCGCUAGCGAGAUAUUCUUAUCCUUGGCCGACGUACAUCUCCCAGGCCUCGGGGAUUUCUGUACCACGUUGUCGCACAAUCAUUCUUCGAUGAUUCGUCCAACAUGGUCGCCCACACUCAAUUCAAGAGUAUUGAGACCCCAUAUCGCAAGGGCUAGUUGACAGACUAUCGGAGUCAGAACCAGAUAUGCUGUAGUGUGACCCCGCGAAUGGCUGGGAAAUCGGUAAGAUUUUCUGGGGAUACCUGGACACUUUGUUGAGAGAAAUGCCAUGGCAGAGGAAUAGCUGCAUAGGUAUAAAUACAAGCUGUUAAACACCC